GUGACGCUAGCAAUUCUGUUCUGUUCGGUUUAAUUUUAAUUAAUUCAUUAUUAGUGUGUUAUUAACGUCUGAGAGUUGUGAUAGUUCAGGACAAGAAGUGCAGAUAAACGACAUGCACACAUUUACGGCUGGCACAAACAUGUGGAGCUGACAUUACAGCGGAUCGUGCCCGCUUAACACCCAACUCUCAGCCGAGUUCAGACCGUCAGUUUGCUUCAGCAUAAAGCGCUUCAGCUGAUCCGCAUCAGGGCUCCGAAAACCAGCGAACCCACGCCUGAGUGCCAGGCCAUGGCAGAACCCAGUUCAGAAUCAGCUGAUGGAUGCGUUCGGGCGAAAACCGAAGUCCAGGGUGAAGACGUCGCCACGCGAGAGCACAACAAGAGCGCCCAGAGAGACGGAGGCGCCGCGUCUUCCAAACAUGACAAGGACACGGAGGCUCUGCCGUCCCACACGAGCACCACCGGCUCCGAUCCGGACGAGGUCAGCACGCUGACCAGCAGGAGCCUGUCUGAGAUGGAGGACACGUCCCUUUUGGGCAGCGCGUCCUCGGUGAGCAGCGUGACGGACGACGUUCCUUCUGUCUCCACCGCCAACGUGUUCGAGGAGAACGGGGCGUCCGCGGAGGAACCUCAGACGUCUGGCAGAUCCACCAUGGACUGUACGUCCGAGGUGCCGCCAUCCUGGAGCACCGAUACCAGCGCGGAGGUGGCGCAGGCGGCGCUGCCGGGUCCCGCCCCGGGACACGCCCCGGGACCCUCAGCCGGCCCUCCGCCCUCCGUGCAGGAGUAUUACUAUGUGAAGUGGAUCACGUGGAAGGAGCAGAAGACUCCCAUCAUCACGCAGAGCGAGAACGGACCCUGCCCCCUGCUGGCCAUCAUGAACAUCCUGUUCCUCAGGUGGAAGGCAAAGUUACCGGCUCAGACUGAGGUCAUCACCAUCGAGGAGCUCAUGGCUCACCUGGGUGAGUGUGUGUUGUCCAUUAAGCCGAGAGAGAGGGCGGAGGGCAUGGAGCUGAACUUUCAGCAGAACGUGAGCGACGCCAUGGCGGUGCUGCCCAAGUUAUCCACGGGUCUGGACGUGAACGUCCGCUUCACCGGCGUCACCGACUUCGAGUACACGCCCGAGUGCAUCGUCUUCGAUCUGCUGGACGUUGCGCUCUACCACGGCUGGCUGGUGGACCCACAGAGUCCAGAAAUGGCGUCGGCGGUGGGGAAGCUGAGCUACAACCAGCUGGUGGAGAAAAUAAUCGACUACAAACUCUCGUCCGACAGCGCCCGAGUGAGCGAAGGUUUGAUAGCGGAGCAGUUUCUGGAGUCCACCGCCACCCAGCUCUCGUACCACGGCCUGUGUGAGCUCAACAGCUCCGCCAAGGAGGGCGAGCUCUGCGUCUUCUUCAGGAACAACCACUUCAGCACCAUGAUCAAGCACAAGGGACACCUCUACCUCCUGGUGACGGAUCAGGGCUUCCUGCAGGAGGACACCCUGGUGUGGGAGAGUCUCCAUAACGUGGAGGGUGACGGGAACUUCUGUGACUCGGAUUUCCGACUGUGCCACCCGUCCCAGAAAGGUUCUGCAGAGACCCGACCCACGGUGCAGCAGCAGCAGAUGCAGAUCAACCAGGACUACAUGGUGGCCAUGUCUCUGCAGCAGGCUCAGGGUGAAGCUCCUGGACCUCUCAGUGACCUGGAGUUGGCCAGACAGUUACAGCAGGAGGAAUAUCAACAACCUCCACAAGCAUCACCACACACCUCCAGCGCACAGGUACCCACUCAGGGGAGAGGACCGGCGGCGGCAGCGGCGCACGGGGGACGGAGACGACAGGGUGAGAAGAAGGACGACUCGGACUGUUCCAUCCUAUAAUUCAGGAGCUUAACACGCACACACAGUUACAUUCGUUAUGCAACCUUAUAGCACCAGAAGACGCCACGUGGACCGAUGCCAUGCUGAACGAUUUCGGUUCUACAGUCCAGUAGCCAAAACGAUGUUUAUACGGGAGAACACGAUCGUACAGAACGCUGCUGGGAGGUGAUAGAACCGUGUGUGGUAUAAACGUCCGUUUAAUAAAUGAAUGUGAUGGAAUAUAAACACUAUUAAAUCUGUAAUUCUAUUUUGUAUUAGACUCAGUGUGGUGGGUUCUUUAGUUUUUAGCGCCUCCUAGUGGUGACUGCAAAUAGUGGUGACUGAAAUUUGUUGCAGUCAAGGUAUUUUAAUCCAAACAAGAAUGUUGUUCCUUGGCAGGAUUUAAUAUUAUAUUAUAUUAUAUUAUUUUGUAAAAGGAUGAAGCCAUUUUUGUGGACUUUAGGGAGGAAGAAGAAAGGAAGUUCUAAUAUUCAGACUGUUGCAGUACUUACAGUAUUGGGGCGGCACGGUGGCUAAGUGGGUAGCACUGUCGCCUCACAGCAAGAAGGUCCUGGGUUCGAUCCCCAGGUGGGGCGGUCCGGGUCCUUUCUGUGUGGAGUUUGCAUGUUCUCCCCGUGUCUGUGUGGGUUUCCUCCGGCAGCUCCGGUUUCCUCCCACAGUCCAAAGACGUGCAAGUGAGGUGAAUUGGAGAUACUAAAUUGUCCAUGACUGUGUUUGAUAUAACCUUGUGAACUGAUGGAUCUUGUGUAAUGAGUAACUACCGUUCCUGUCAUGAAUGUAACCAAAAGUGUAAAACAUGACGUUAAAAUCCUAAUAAACAAACAAACAAACUUACAGUAGUCACUGCAUAAAAUACAAGUAUAUGAAUAUAUAUAUAUAGAAAGCAUUUAAAAGCAAAUGUAACAGAAGGUGUAUAUAACCAAUAAAAACACGGUCUCUGUGUAGGUCCAUAAUGUCUGGGUCUGUGUUUUGGUGUAUCACAGUGCUGCUCUUCUUGGUUAGUUUCUCGGUGUUGGUGAGAGUGUGGAAUUCAGGAUUAAGUAGAUUUUCCGUGUAAGUGUAUUUUUUGGACACUCUAGUAAGAGGUGCAGCUCAGUCUCUGUGUUGUUUGUUGUUGCAGUUAUUCGCAGUCACCACUAGGUGGAGCGCUAAGCACACAAAAUAAACCACCACACAUUCUGACCAGCGCCGGAUUAAAGUUGAGUUUGUUUAUGUAUUUAUAAAAUAACUUUAGUGUCACUAACGCUGCUGUGUACCUCCAAACUGUGGUCAUUUCAUCUGUGGAGCCGAAGCUGAGAUGGAAGGAACAGGUCUCCCCAAAAUGCUCCUCUUCAUUCAUAAUGAACCGCUCAGAUUCAGACCGAUUCAGAUGUUUCAAUUCGAAUCAUUACAGUCUGAUUUAAUAGAGUUUAAGAUAAUGAGCAGCGGUUCUAUUUCGAUUAAACAUUAAAUAGAAUUAAAAUCUGGUCUGAUCACACAUAGAUUUAACGAGUCGUUUAUAAUCUGAAUCCGAUUUGUUUUCAUGAGUCGAUUCAGAUCCGUAUGAGCAGUGAUUCGGAAUCAGUCUGAUAAAAACGUUCGAUCAGUUUCACUAAACUGGCAUCAUUUAUUCAUGUUUAUGUUUUACUGCCGGCUUGUCCUGGUCAGGGUCGAGAUGGGGCCGGCCUUCCCCCUCUCAGACGUAGCCGAUCAUGUCUGUAUAUGUAAUAUGUAUACGCCCGACCGGUUGAUAGCACGUCUGGGGAUUCCCUGGUGAUUUUCAUUCACUCACUUUCUUAACCGCUUAUCCAGUCAGGGUCGCAGGAGGGUGCUGGAGCCUAUCCCAGCUUUUCAAUGGGCGCAAGGCACACAGUAACACCCUGGACGGGGCGCCAGUCCAUCGCAGGGCACACACACACACUCGUUCACCUAUAGUGUAAUUCAGUGUCUCCAAUUAACCCGACUGCAUGUUUUCGGAGGAAACCCACACAGACACGGGGAGAACAUGCAAACUCCACACAGAAAGGACCCGGGGCCUGGGCAUCGAACCGUGCCGCCCGAAUCAUUAAUCUGAUGGAGUUUAGUUUGUGACCCUGUGGAGUAUUGUGGGGAGCGUGAUGGUACACUGUAUGAUUAUAAUAAUAAGCUAUAAGAGCAGAAGGUCGUGACACUGUAGUGAAGGUGUUGAAGCAUCGGUGCAUUGAAUUUUAACGGUGCUAACGAUGCUAAUGCUGCGUUAGUUUAAAUAAAGGGCUUUCAGUCGUAUCCGAUUCCCAGUCUUAAUCACCAGUGCUUUGUAUUUCAUUUAAAACUUGUAAGUAAAUGAUAUUAAAAUCCUGAUUACCGA